CGGCUGCAUUUUCUACACGGUCACAUUUCAUGGACACACCGGAAGUUACGGCGUUGGCGCGAAUAAUAACAAGCUGUCGCUACAUUUGUUUAAUUUUUUACAGCUUUACAACAUGUUAAUUUGCCCUUUGAAGUUUAUUAGAGUCACGUAACCAUUAGCUUAGUCAUUUCGGAGCACCCAGACGCUUUUACAAUAUUUUAAACGGGAUGGAAAUGUAGUUUUUCUUGGCUAAUUUGCAAACCCGGCUGCUAAAGUGCUGGAAUGAGAGCUGGACUAAUGGAAUGAUUUAACAGGCAAAAAUUCUUCACUGGCAUAUAGCCCCAAAUGUGGUCCAACAACUCUACCUUUAGCUUUUGAAUGUCACAUUAAGAAGGAAAACCAUGUCUAAGUCAAAUGGCGAAUCCUUCAUAGUGAAGUUUGUGGAGAGUAACGGAGUAAAAACUGAGUUUGCUGCUAAGGCCUAUGAGGCCAUUUUAGAGCUGCAGUCUGAAAAGCACUUGAAAGUCAUUGAUGAAAAUGAAGUUUUACAGAUGGACCAGAAGGACAGGUCUUUAUUUGUCUUCAGCAGUUUCUCCUCCCCUGCGUUUUUACACUGCAAAAGGCUGGGAUGCCGAGUAGUGAGUCCGCUGGUGGUGCUGUACUGCCUGCAGCAGCAGCGCUGUGUCCCCAAGGCAGAAAUUCCUGUCUACAACAUGGCCAUGGCAGAUGUCACCAUUUCAUGCACCAGUCUGGAAAAAGCAACACGGAAAGAGGUUAUGGACUUGGUACAGCUCAUGGGCGGAAGAGUGUACCUUGACCUAAAUGUCUCUGUGACACAUCUCAUCGCAGGAGAAGUUGGGUCUAAAAAAUACCUAGUAGCUGCGAGCCUUGGAAAACCCAUCCUUCUGCCCAAGUGGGUGAAAGCCUGCUGGGAGAAGUCACAGGACAGUCUCUUCAGGUACACAGACCUGUCCACAGAUGAGUACCUAUGCCCGGUGCUGCAGGGCUGUACUGUAUGUGUCACGGGUCUCUCCAGCACUGAGCGCAAAGAGGUGCAGCGUUUGUGUGAGCAGCACGGAGCCAAUUACACAGGCCAGCUCAAGAUGAAUGAGUGCACCCACCUCAUCGUCAGCGAGCCAUCAGGUCAGAAAUAUGAGUGUGCGAGGAAAUGGAACGUGUAUUGCGUGUCCCUGCACUGGUUGUUUGACAGCAUAGAGAAGGGCUAUUGUCAAGAUGAGAGUCGGUACACAGUGGAACGCAAUGCAGCAAAGGCCACGCGCCCACACACUUCGACUCCUACAGGCAGCAACAAGAAACCAGAGGGCCCGUCGUUACUCGGGCUGAGUCACAUCUCGGUCAACGCAAGCAUGACGAUAAAUGACACUGCCCUCACAAAUGUCUCAAACGGGACCACGAGUCGCCUGGAGGCUCCAAACCCCAUCGACAGCUUCGACCUCACUGCGUGUCCGGGCGAUGACAUACUGGACGGCUGUAAGCUCUAUCUGUGUGGCCUGCCUGGAAAGAAAUUAGAAAAACUGCGACGUCUUGUGAAUUUUGCUGGAGGUCUGCGGUUCAACCAGCCCAGUGAGGAGCUCACACAUGUGGUCAUGGGUGAGCUGGACGCCGACCUGAAGAGUUUUGUCUCUAAAGCCUCUCACAGGCCCCAUGUUGUAACAGUGCAAUGGCUUCUGGACAGUUUGACUAAAGGUAGCCUGCUCCCAGAAACAGACUACAUGCACCCUGAAUGCCUCCCCCCUGCCCCUCCUGCUGUCAAACGCCUCACCCCUCCACCACGGUUCAAUCUGGCCUCACCUGUGGCCAGUCCUGCCACUCCCAGACAGAAGACGGUAGACGAGGACCUGCUUUCACAGUAUAUGGAUGAUGAUCCUACUGUAGUUGACAUGCCUCCUCCAGAGCCAGACACCAGCAGGAGGUCUGUGAGCACACUUGGCCUGCAGAGGGAGCCUUGGGUCCAGAACCACAGCACAAGAGGGCCCAACUCCACCGUGCACGAAGCCACAGAGGCUGCAGAGGCGGGGCUGUUUGGAGGGGCUCUGUUCCUCCUGGUGGGUUUUGGAUCAGAGGCCGAGGCGCAGCUCUCUCAGCUCGUGACAGAAAAUGGAGGCAAAGUGCUGACCGGGCGGACGCGGGGGGUGGCGGAGUACGCCCUGGUGCCUCUGCUGGGGUGCUCUGUGGAGGCCACCGUGGAUGAGGUGGUCACUGAUACAUGGCUGGCCAUGUGUGUGGAAAAGGAGUGUCUCUUGGAUAUUUUCUUGAAUCCUCUCUUUACUCCUGUGCCUGUAAUGGAAGGACGUUUGCCUCUGAAAAACUGUGUUCUUUCAGUCAGCCAGUUCACAGGAGCAGAGCGUGAAUCCUUGGUGGAGCUGGCUAAACAUCUCGGAGCAACUGUCCAGGAUUACUUUGUGCGUCUGGCUAAUCUGAAGAAGGGCAUGCAGGCCAGCACUCACCUGGUGCUGCAAACCCCAGACGGCACCAAGUACCAGGCUGCACAGAAGUGGGGUCUCCCUGCAGUUACGAUGCACUGGAUCCUGGAGUCAGCUCGGACAGGACAGAAGGCAAAGGAGGAGCGCUACUUUGUGGAUCGCCCUCCUUCUCCAGCGAGGGAAGAGGAGAGUUUUGUCAUUGGUUCCCAGAGAAUAGACAUGGCCCCUCCUCCUUUACGCAGCAAUUCUCCAGAAAUCCCUCUACUCGGCCCACAGACAGGGAAGGCAGUUACGCCUCUGGACUUAGGACGUUUCCAGAGUCGAAUAUUCCGCUCCGGUUUAGAAGACUCCAAAAAAAAGGAAAAUGAGAAGAACCCUAACCAGGCCCAGGAGACAAGCAGGAGAAACCAACUUGGGAAGGAGCCCUCUCUGCAACUAGACACCCCAUCUCGCUUUCUCAACAGAGUCACAACAAAGCCAUCGUUUAAUGUCAAGGAUGGACUAGGAGCUCUAGACACACCUGGUGGAAAACCUAUCCCCGGAGAGAAAGCGGAGACUCCCCUCACUGAUGUCAUCAACAGGAACCUUAAAGUGGCUCUGGCCAACAGUUCUCGCACAGAGCAGGAACUGUCUGCCAGUCCCCAGCUAAACCAUGCUGCUGCUAGGGAGAUGCGGGAAAAAGACACUAGUCCCCUUGCUGGUGUUGUCAUCUGUGUGGGCAAAAAGUUGAGCAAAAUGCAGAGUGAACUAAAUGCCAUGGCUGCCUCUCUAGGAGGUGAUUUCAGGUGGGCUUGUGAUGACACAGUGACACACUACAUUUAUCAGGGUCGAGUCGGGGACAACACUCGAGAAUACAGAGCUGUGAAGGAGAGGGGUCUGCACAUCGUCUCCCACCAUUGGCUCCAAGCUUGCGCAGAGGAGCAGAGGCAUGUCCCAGAGUCUCUUUAUCCUUUCACCUUCAACCCUAAGAUGAGCCUAAACCUAAGUCAGAUACCUAGCAGUACACAGAGGUCACCAGUCAAAUCCAAUCACCAACAACCACAAAGCAAGGUGGACCACAGCACUACAGAGAACACUACAGCUCGCCGGGUCAGUGAUGGCAGUGUGGAACAGGAGGACCAAGAUUCUACCAGAAGUGAUAAUGGUGAAACUGUGGAAAUAACAGAACAUUUGCAAAGGCAGCUGCAAGAGAUCAUGUCUGCCACCAAGUUAACAACAGCCAGACGUGCCUCUGUCAGACUGAUCAGGAAUGGCUCUUUUGGGGCUGACUCGGGACCACAGCCUCCAGGUCGAAACGGCAGUAGACGAACUUUGGAAGCUCUCAGAUUUUCCAGCGAAGCAGCUAUGGACAUAAACACAGAGCCCUCCCAGAGUGAGCAGAUUGUUUGGGAUGACCCCACAGCCCGGGAGGAGAGGGCCAAGCUGGCUGAUAACCUUCAGUGGCCUGGGAGUCCUUCACAGCAUUCAGAGCCCUUAGCCGCUCCUCAUCGCACUGUUACAGAGGAACCCCAGUAUAAGGACUCUAUGACUGACUCUGAGCUUGUGGAAAUGGCUGCCAUUGACGUCAUUGAUCAAGAACUCGGCCAAAGGGUCAGAGCGCCAGGUCAGCAGCCACAAAAUGAUCUCCUCACUCCAGAAACCCCUAGCAUUGCCUUCCCUCUCGCCAAUCCAGCCGUAGCACCAGAGCCACAGGAAAAGGAAAAACCACCACCGUGUUUUCAGAUGUCCUCCCUCAGUCCUCAAGAGCGGAUAGAUUACAGUCACCUCAUAGAGGAGCUGGGGGGUGUGGUAAUGGAUAAGCAGUCAUUCGACCCCAGCUGCACCCACAUAAUCGUAGGCACCCCUCUGAGGAAUGAGAAGUACCUGGCAGCAAUGGCCUCUGGGAAGUGGAUCCUGCACCGCUCCUACCUGGAGGCUUGCCGCUCUGUGGGACACUUUAUUGAGGAGGAGGACUAUGAGUGGGGCAGUAGUUCCAUUCUCAGUGCUUUGCCCUCCAUCACGUCCCAGCAGAAGAGGCUGGCGCUUGCUGCUAUGCGCUGGCGGAAAGCUCUGCAGGGGCGUUCUGACCAGGAGGGAUCCUUCAGUGGCUGGACAGUCAUGUUGAACAUUGACCAGAGCAGAGACACUGGCUUUAGACGCUUACUCCAGUCAGGUGGGGCUAAGGUGCUGCCCAGUCCUUCUCCAUCUUUGUACAAGGAGGCCACCCAUCUGUUUGCAGACUUCAGCCGCCUGAAGCCUGGAGACUUCAGAGUGGACAUAUCUGAGGCCUCUGCUCACGGGGUAACAUGUCUGAAGCCAGAGUACAUCGCAGAUUAUCUCAUGCAGGAUCCAGCACCACCUAUUGCGCUGUAUGUCCUGACCGAUGCUCCCUCUGAGGAAACUCCAAGCACUCCUUCUCGCAAACGCAAAAAUGCAGCAGAGCACUCCAAGCUGAAAAAGAGCCGUUUGAACUGAAUGUGAAUGAUAUGCAUUCCUUUAUUGACCAGACAUAUAAUAUUUAAUAUUUUUCAAGCAUUUCUGAGAAGAUAAAAUGUAAAUAAAUGUUUUUGACCAUU